AUGAAGCGCUCUCGUGAUUCAGAACAGACCUCGCCUCGAAUCACACAGCCUGCCGUGCAUAUCCCCAAACUCUCCAGCCUUGAUGCGCCAGUAUCUCCUCCCAGGAAGAGGUCCAUGGCAAAAGCUACACAUUCGAGUAAUGCCUCAUCAAACUUAAGCACCUCAGCGCAAGAAACAGAAGCCUCCACCAAUAAAGAGCGCCACAACCUAGCCGCAAUCGAAGCCGGCCAGGUGCAAGUCACAGACCACCUAUCCAUCUUCUCUUCACGACUCCGUCAAUCUGCCCGUCCUACAGUACCACAAUCACCUCGAUUGCAGAUUCCAGACUGGGUAUCUCUGUACCAGCGCAACCAGUCUCCAGAAGGAAGACACUUCGUCAUCCAUCAGCAUGACCACCCCAUUGCCGGGCCGCAUUAUGAUCUCCGGCUGCAGUUCUCGGACUCCAGUUCUGUGAGCUGGUCCAUCAUGUAUGGAUUGCCGGGUAACCCUAACAGCCGCCGCAUGAACCGGAACGCGACGGAGACGAGGGUGCAUUGUUUAUGGAACCAUCUCAUCGAAACCGCCUCCCCCCGAACAGGAAGCAUGAUCAUCUGGGACACAGGAGAAUACGAAAUCCUCCCCUACCGACCCGAACAAACGCUACCUGAAACAGACGACUCCCGUUCCGCCAUCUCGUCAGAUACAUCCAUCUCAACCGUAGACUCAAAAACCGAGAAUGAGAAACUCCGCCAAGCGUUUCACAACCGCAAGAUCCGCCUCCGUCUCCACGGAACAAAACUCCCCCAAGACUACACCAUCAUCCUCCGUCUCGACAAAAAUAGAGACUUCAGAAGAAUCCCCACCACAUCCCAAAAGCGACGCCGUAGAGCGGUACCAAACCUUAAACGAGGGCCUAGUACCUCGUCGUCUGGAUCCUCGCCACCUCCUAAGAGUGAUUCAACAGGGACGCCGGCUCCUGGCGUUUCGAAUCAAACUCUAUCUGCGUCUGAGACACCCGGUGGGGAACACUCGGAUGAGGAUGACAUAGACGAGCAGAUUCGGACUAAUAAUGCAUAUCCUGGGGCUGUUAACUCUAUUGGCUCAGUUCAUCAACGGAGAUGGUUUGUUACUCUGGACCGGGUGAAUUCGGGGUUCGUGGCUGAGGUUGGGUCAGGACCUGGUGGGAAGAGGUGGGUGAGGAAAUGGGAUCCUGCGACGGGGAGGCUGUUAGGUUUUGAGCCGUUCUAUGUUCGGGGACCUGGGGUUGAGAGGAGUGUUGUUACGGGGAGGUUGGGGAGGGAUGUUUUGGAGGAUGAGGGUGUGGAGGGUUUUGUGCCUAGACGGGGGUGGAGGGCUGUUCUGGAAUGA